UGUUUAUUUGUGUGUGUUUUCCGUUGAAAAUGUUGCAGUACAUGGUCUAUCACUGUCUUCACGCUCUGGGGGUGGGCUGAGGUAGGGAGGGUGUGACGCUGGUAUUUGUGUGAACUCGGGCUUGUGAUGCUGAGCUUGGUUCAUCUGCUUUCUCCUCCCUUUUCUCCCCACUCCUUCCCACCAGCGCCACAGCAACAUCCUCAGAGUCUGAGCGAACUGCGCCCAGCGCGGGCACGGAGCCUUCCACCGCCAGCAACCUGCGGCCCCGGAGAAGGCAGCGAGCGCAGUGACAGCGCCUCACCGCCACCAGCUCCUGGACCACCAUGGCCAAGAACCGCAGGGACAGAAACAGUUGGGGUGGAUUUUCGGAAAAGGCAUAUGAAUGGAGCUCAGAAGAGGAGGAGCCAGUGAAAAAGGCAGGACCAGUCCAAGUCCUCAUUGUCAAAGAUGACCAUUCCUUUGAGUUAGAUGAAACUGCGUUAAAUCGGAUCCUUCUCUCAGAGGCUGUCAGAGACAAGGAGGUUGUUGCUGUAUCUGUUGCUGGAGCGUUUAGAAAAGGAAAAUCAUUCCUGAUGGACUUCAUGUUGAGAUACAUGUACAACCAGGAAUCAGUUGAUUGGGUUGGAGAUUACAAUGAACCACUGACUGGUUUUUCAUGGAGAGGUGGAUCUGAACGAGAGACCACAGGAAUUCAGAUAUGGAGUGAAAUCUUCCUUAUCAAUAAACCUGAUGGUAAAAAGGUUGCAGUGUUAUUGAUGGAUACUCAGGGAACCUUUGAUAGUCAGUCAACUUUGAGAGAUUCAGCCACAGUAUUUGCCCUUAGCACAAUGAUCAGCUCAAUACAGGUAUAUAACUUAUCCCAAAAUGUCCAGGAGGAUGAUCUUCAGCACCUCCAGCUUUUCACUGAGUAUGGCAGACUGGCAAUGGAGGAAACAUUCCUGAAGCCAUUUCAGAGUCUGAUAUUUCUUGUUCGAGACUGGAGUUUCCCAUAUGAAUUUUCAUAUGGAGCCGAUGGUGGUGCCAAAUUCUUGGAAAAACGCCUCAAGGUCUCAGGGAACCAGCAUGAAGAACUACAGAAUGUCAGAAAACACAUCCAUUCCUGUUUCACCAACAUUUCCUGUUUUCUGCUACCUCAUCCUGGCUUAAAAGUAGCUACCAAUCCAAACUUUGAUGGAAAAUUGAAAGAAAUAGAUGAUGAAUUCAUCAAAAACUUGAAAAUACUGAUUCCUUGGCUACUUAGUCCCGAGAGCCUAGAUAUUAAAGAGAUCAAUGGGAAUAAAAUCACCUGCCGGGGUCUGGUGGAGUACUUCAAGGCUUAUAUAAAGAUCUAUCAAGGUGAAGAAUUACCACAUCCCAAAUCCAUGUUACAGGCCACAGCAGAAGCUAACAAUUUAGCAGCCGUGGCAACUGCCAAGGACACAUACAACAAAAAAAUGGAAGAGGUUUGUGGUGGUGACAAACCAUUUCUGGCCCCAAAUGACUUGCAGACCAAACACCUGCAACUUAAGGAAGAAUCUGUGAAGCUAUUCCGAGGGGUGAAGAAGAUGGGUGGGGAAGAAUUUAGCCGGCGUUACCUGCAGCAGUUGGAGAGUGAAAUAGAUGAACUUUACAUCCAAUAUAUCAAGCACAAUGAUAGCAAAAAUAUCUUCCAUGCAGCUCGUACCCCAGCCACACUGUUUGUAGUCAUCUUUAUCACAUAUGUGAUUGCUGGUGUGACUGGAUUCAUUGGUUUGGACAUCAUAGCUAGCUUAUGCAAUAUGAUAAUGGGACUGACCCUUAUCACCCUGUGCACCUGGGCAUAUAUCCGGUACUCUGGAGAAUACCGAGAGCUGGGAGCUGUAAUAGACCAGGUGGCUGCAGCUCUGUGGGACCAGGGAAGUACAAAUGAGGCUUUGUACAAGCUUUACAGUGCAGCAGCAACCCACAGACAUCUGUAUCAUCAAGCUUUCCCUACACCAAAGUCGGAAUCUACUGAACAAUCAGAAAAGAAAAAAAUGUAAUCCAAAUUUUAAGAAAUACAGGUGCAUGACCAAUUGUCAAUUAAAUAUUCAGUUUUAUGUCUCCAUGCAAACAUUCAAAGUGCUUCCAUCAGAACAGAGUAAAAUACUAAACACCUCUGAAGACUGCAAACUGGAUUAGUUCUUUUACUUCAGUGUUUAAUAAGCAGAUGUAUGUAUGCAUGGUUAUACUAUUUUGUUAAUGUACAAUUUCCUGAUUUUUCUUCAAAAAUGCUGUUAUAAAGUAUUUGUCUAUUUAUGAUAACAGUACACGUGUUCUGCUUGAAUUUACUAAAUUCUACUACUGGGUUAUAAUUAAACCAUGUGAUAUUCCA